AUGUCUUAUAAUAGUUCAGCAGGGACUUCAGGCGUCCCAUUCGGCGCACAGAAUGCACUACUGACGGCCUCGGUUCGCGAGCGUUCGACGGACACGAUCAAACCAUUCGAAGAGACUCUGGUGCGCACCCUGCAGAGGGAGACCCGAGCAUUCGGCGACCAGCUCACUCAGGCCGCCGAACACUUCAGGAAACAGCAAGAGGCUCUCGACGAGGAGGAUAUCCAGAUGGAUCCUGGUACCAUCUGCGCUCUCAAGAUGUCUGCGUCGACCGCCCGUCACAAUAAACGAGUGUUACUGGCAUAUGCGAUGCAACGCCGGAAUGCGAUCUUGGAUGUAUACUGGGCCUGUUCAGCCUCGGUGCCCAACACCCUAGUAGCCUCAUCCUCGAACGUGAGUGCGGAGAAGCCCGAGGGGAGUUCGGAGCGAGUCAGCGACCCGAUCUCCAAGGUACUCACGCCGGUCGAGCUCGAGUACCUCCGAGCCCACUCUACACUCGUCCACGAUCUCGCCAAACCAUACCACGCCUACACCGUCAAUCUCUUGGGUAAUCUGGCCAGAGGUCCUUCUCGUGGGCUGUUCAUCCAGGUCGAAUGUAUGCGUGAGUUGGGCGAGGUGGCCGUUGGUGAUGGCGGCGGGAUGAUCAAGUUCGAGGUCGGAAGUCGUUACUUUGUGAAGAGGAGCGAAGUCGAACAACUCAUCGAAGGCGGCUGGCUCAUGGAGAUUCCUCGAUGA